AUGAAAAUUCAAAGAAGAAGCCUAGCCAAAGAAAUCAAAGCUCAACGUCCCUUAUUAUUUAAGUAUUAUUUAAUAUUAUAAAGUUAAUCAGGUGUUUCUCCAAUUUGCAACAAAUUGUAUUCGUAAAAAUUAAACGAUUUCAAAAAUGUUGAAUCCUACUUAAAACUUAGAUCAAUGAAAUGUGAUAAGAGUAUAUCGUUGUUAAAUUGUUCUAAAUAAAUAUGUAGAAUAGAUGAAUAAAUGCCUUAAGUUAAACGUAUUACUCAAGCAAGAAUUAAUAAUCCUAAUGAAGUAUGACUUUUUAAUCUAUUUUUAGUCAAGAAUACUUACUAGAUAAGUGAUAAAAGAUUGCUUGGAGAAAAGAAAACUAAGAUUUGAAAGUGCAGAUGAGUCAUUCAAAAAUUUAUAUCUAAUCUAAGAUAAAUCUGCUGAGUAAUACUAAAAUUAUCUCAGCAAACAUAUUGAAGAUUCUAUACAAUUACAGGAAUCUAUCUCCUUUAAUUUGGAUAGACAAUCAAAGUAAUAACUUUACUUCAAGUUAAAAGAUCUGUAUUAAUUAUAUUAUUAAUCCUUAGAAAUAAAAAUUUAAAUGCCAAUUAAAAAUAAGACUACAGCUAUCCAUAAAAAUUUAAUCAUGUGGAAGUACUAAUAAUCAUAAAUCUAGUUAACAUUACGUAGCACUGUUGAACCAAGCAUAACUGAUAUCUCUCCCUUAACCAUUUGUGAAGAAAUAGAUAAUAAAAAAAUAAAGGAUAAGUUAAAAUAGUUGGUUUCCCCUUAGAAUUUUGAAUCAAAUCAUAGAAAACGAUAACUAACCCUUCCUUACUUCUCGAAAAACCAGCUAAAUUUACGAUUAAACUAAAUAAAUGAUAUUAAUUCUGAUAGUCAAAAUAUGACAUCAGCUCAAACAAGCAAUAUUAAUUCAUUGAUUAGAAAUAAAUCUUAGCUCUAUAGCAGAGAGAUUAAGAGAAUUCAUAUUCAAAGUGAAUGCUGA